GUACUUCUGUCUUUAUCAUAUAAAAGUACUUUGACAUGAAGCUGCUGUGGUGCGCAGUGGGCGCCAUCAUUCCAUUCCUCUCAGUCAAUGCGCUGAUCCCCGAGAACAAACAACAGUCAAUUCAACAGCCAGGCUCCGGUAUAGCUGGCCAUGAGAAGCUGGACGAUGUGAUAUCUGCUUCGCCCUUACUAUCAUUACACAGAGCCAUCUGCGAGGUCGAGUCAAUCUCCCACAAUGAGCUAGCUGUUGGGAAACUGGUCGUCUCGAUCCUGGAAGCUCACAACUUCACCGUGAAGACCCAAGGCGUUCCCCAACCGGAAGAAACGAACAGCACGAAACCACGUUACAAUAUCUACGCCUACCCGGACCCAUCAAAAUACUCUGGGAUUGAGCUCGAUUCUAUCCCGUCUCCCAAAGUGGUGCUAAGUUCUCACAUCGACACGGUGCCGCCUCACAUUCCGUACUCAUUGUCCCUGCCGGCGGCAGCAGCCAGGUCGGCGAAGACGAGAGAGGACAUAUUGAUAUCCGGUCGGGGCACCGUCGACGACAAAGCUUGUGUGGCGGUCCAGAUCCAGACCUUGCUCGAUCUGCUGGCUGAUCCCGAGACCAAACUCGACCCGUCGGACGUGGCGUUGCUCUUUGUCGUCGGCGAGGAGACGCACGGCGACGGGAUGAGACGUUUCUCGGCGUCGGACCUGUACGAGCAGACCAACGCCAACUACAAGGCUAUCCUGUUUGGCGAACCCACAGAGGGCAAACUCGCGACCGGGCACAAGGGGAUCUCCAUGGUCAAGAUCAAAGCCCACGGCAAGGCCGCACACUCGGGGUACCCCUGGCUCGGGCGCAGUGCGAACAGCAUGAUCCUACCCGCCUUGGUCGCGCUCGACGGGCUGGGUGACAUUCCCGAGGACGUCGGUGGCCUGCCCAGGAGCGGAAAGUACGGCAAGAGCACGGUCAACGUGGGGUUGAUGCAGGGCGGUGUCGCGGGCAACGUCGUGGCGGAAUACGCAGAGGCAUCCAUCACGUUCAGACUCGCCGGAGGCGAUGCCGACGAGGUCAAGGAACUAGUCACGGAGGCGGUUCGGCGGGUCGACCCAGAUCGGCUGUUGGAGCUCGACUUUGCUCAAGGGUAUGGCCCGGUCGAGCUGGAUGGUGACGACGUCGACGGGUUCGACACCAUCACCGUGAACUACGGUACGGACAUACCGAACUUGAAGGUCGCAGAGGGCGUGAAGAGAUAUCUGUACGGACCAGGUAGUAUCUUGGUCGCCCACGGAGAGAAUGAAGGCUUGACUGUCGGGGAUCUGGAGGAGGCCUUGGACGGGUACAAGACCUUACUACUGCGUUCACUCUAACCACGACCCAUCGGCGCCAUGAGCAAAUUCUGAAUAUAGAUCAUUGGCGAAAGAGAUGAAGGAAUCGCAAUGAUGAUACAUCUUGGAAGAAUUUACCUGUUGUGCAGUACUCGGGGAAAUGUUUUCAACGUCGCAACAUUAUUGAGAGGUCCAACGAUUCAAGCGGCCAACACCGAUGACUUGCCUCGUACCGGUAUGUACUCCGUACUGUAAUUGCCAAGACACACACUCAACCACAC